CAGGUUUAAGUGUAAGUUCGUCUUACUAUCCAAACUACUGGCAUCAAGAUGUCGCUAUAUAUGAUAGCAAAAAUCAGCAAUGGUUGAAUACUGGUCUGUCGUAUACAGCAGGUCCAACGAGAGCAAAUGCAACAAUAACACAAAUCAGGUUAAGCUUCCUCCAUCAAAUUUAUUCCUAAUCACGCUACCCAUUGCCCUUAACAAGCAACUUACCAUAGAUCUUGUAUUACCUUAUUACCUUCAGCGAUACGAAUGGUCAACUCUUGAUCAUAGGAGGUUCAGUUAUAAACAACAUCUCCUCUCCAGAUAUGGUUACUAACUUCCCAUUAGCCAACAUGUCAGAUAUUAUAGCAUUAGAUCCUCGAACUUCAUCUUGGAGCAAUAUAGAAGUAGGAGGAUUCAAUAUACCAAUCGGACGGAAGCACCAUACAACAACAUUACAUUCUGAUGGUCGAACUCUCAUAGUAAUCGGUGGGGAGUACUUUAACAAUUCUGGUUCUUACUUGUUGAAUGACGUUUGGACAUUAGAUACCAGAAACACCAAUAAUUAUACAUGGAGCCAACCUCCUGUUAAAGGAACUGGCUUUUAUCGCUCAAACCACACUUCUAUUUUAAUUAAUGAUCAGAUAUGGGUUAUUGCUGGAACCAAUUUAUCAUUAAAGGCUGUAGAUAUACAGUUAUUGAAUAUAACAGAUUGGAGCUGGUCGAGUUCAUAUAUACCUGCACACGUAGUAACACUACCUGUGGCAGAAAGCUUCUCCAAUAUCGGCGGUAUAAAGGGGCUUAUAAUCAUUAUCGUUGCUACCGUAGGAGGAACACUCAUCGCUUCCUUAUGUGUCUUAUGUUGGUUCCGAAAAAGACAAGCAAAGCCUUCAAAUACAGCAAAAGGGGAUCAUGAUGCAGCAGUACUCAAUACGAUGGAGUUACAUACUAACUAUAACGAUGUCCAGAACGAAGAUCUUCUAAAGCUACAUGAAGAGGAUCAGCCACAUUUAUCAGCAGACAACAAUACUUCGACCACAAAGGCAAAUUCAAAGUUAGCCUCGCUCCCUUCCAUGUCAACAAACGCGUCAAACUCACAAAACACGAAUACUUAUCAACAUCGAAUGAGCACUAACGAUUGGCUUAAGCAGCCAUUGCAAACGACCAGUUACUCAAUGAAUAACAUCAGCUCUCAUCCACAGCUGCAGAUUGAUUAUACUCCUUACCAAACUACAAGUUCACCUGCUGAUACAGAGACUAAUGCUUUAGAAUCACAUCCAAAUGAACAAUAUGAAAGUGGCAACCAUUACUUUUCAGACCGUUAUAAUAGUGCAACUUAUCACCAACACAUGUCAAGUUUGCCUCCCAUGUUAAGUUUCCAUGACCAAAGUAACAACAACUAUAAUAGACGAUCAUUUGGUUUUUGGGAUGCACCAGCACUACAAUCGGCUAACUUUGGAAGAGAGUCAAAUAUUAUGUUAUCUCCUGUCCAUAGGAUGGAAGACUCAGUAGGGCCUUCUUAUUCCUUAGAUAUGAUUCAUCCACAUUUAUCAUUACAACAACAACACCAACUUCAAAAACCGAAUCAAGUAGAUGCCAAUAUUUCAGCUGCGCCAGUACCUUCACCGGCAGGUUCAAUCACAGCAUGUGCAUCAACAUCAUCUAUCUUAGAUGAGAGCCGUCCAUCAUAUGCGUAGCUUUAUUCGAUUUAAUCUUAUACUUGAAGACUGCAAUAUAUAUAUACCAACUGAAAGCUCUUAUCUUCAAUAAGCGUUAUACUUAAUACCAU